CCAUGACAUCAGCCUCCGAGGGUGUCUCGGUGCCGCCUCCGCCGCCAGCGUGGCCCCGCGUGCCAGCCAGGCCGCGCCCGGCCCCCCGCCACUCGCCGCCGCCCGCGCCCGCCCAGCCAAUGGCGGCCGCGGGCCAGCAUCCCCGGCGCUGGCGGCCCCGCCUUCUGGCCGGGCGGCGCGGCGGGACUGGUUGUUAUGGCAACUGAGGCGGUCCGGGAGGACGCGGCCCCGCCCUCCCCGCCUGCGCCGUGGCUCCGGGCCGCACGAGUGUUAGUGUUAAUGUGAACGGGGCCGAGUUGACACCCGUGAGGGUGAGGCCGCCGUGUUGAGCCUCCGCCUGGCGACUCGCGCUGACCCCCGCCACAGUGAUGCUGCAGCCCGCACGCCCCGCACACCACCACACCCUCGGCGCCACCACACGCCGCUGAGCGUUCCGGCCGCGGCGGAGUGCACGCCGCGCAGUGCGUACCGAAGCAGGCACACGGCCGCCAGCAAGCAGGAAGGCAAGGAGUAGCAGGAGCAGGAGGCGGCAGGAAGGAGUCAGGAGGAGGCAGCCAGGCAGGCGGGCCGGUGUGUGAUGGCCUGAGUUUUCCGCUCCGCACGAGUCGCCGCAACACGCUGCCACCAUGAUCAUUUGUUGUGCGGGCUGCGACAAACCCAUCAUGGACAAGUUCCUGCUGACGGUGCUGGAAAGGACUUGGCACGCGGAGUGUGUGCGCUGCGUGGACUGUGGCUGUGCCCUCACCGACAAGUGCUUCAGCCGCGAGGGAAAACUCUUCUGCAGGAGCGACUUUUUCAGGUUGGUGUCGGAAGCAGAUGGCUGGCAACCGCGGUUCGGGACCAAGUGUUCGGGGUGUCUGCAGGGCAUCUCUCCGCAGGACCUGGUGAGGAAGGCCCGCGACCGCGUCUUCCACCUCAAGUGCUUCACCUGCUGCGUCUGCCGCAAGCAGCUCUCCACCGGCGAGGAACUCUACGUGCUCGACGAGAACAAAUUCAUCUGUAAACAAGACUACAUGGGCGGCAAGGCCAUGUCGGACUCCUUCCCGGCGGGUCUGACGACGAGGAGGAGGUCCAUGGACGUCAAGCCGCCCGUGGAGACCAACAACAACACCAGCACGCCCCGGUGGGCACCCAGGGGCCCAUCCCACGCCCGCCCUCACAGCCAACCCCAGCGCCCUGGUGUCCUCGCCCUCAGGCCCCAACACGCCCACAGGGGAGCAGGGCUCCCAGUGGCCAUGAUGAGCAGCAGGCGGCCCGGCACGCCCACAAGGCCCCUCGGGGUCGUGCCCACCAGCACCACGCCGCUGCUCGAGUCCAUGAGUGUGGGCAGAGUCCAAGGUCAACACUCCUUCGCGGGCUUCAACGUGAAAAAAGCGUUGUGUGUGUAUGUGUGUAUGUGUGUGUGUGUGUGUGUGUGUGCUAAUAAGUCCACGCCUCCUCUGCAGGUGAGUAUUUCCCGCGACACGCCGCCAACGGACAAGGACGGCGGCAACUUCCACGACUCUGACGUGUCUGACGCGGAGGGCAGCAGCGAGGCGAAGGAGCAGGGCAGCAGCGCGGAGGCCAAGCUGGCGGACGACGAGAAGGGUGGGAACAAACGGCGGGGACCCAGGACCACUAUCAAGGCGAAGCAGCUGGAAAUCCUCAAGACUGCCUUCGCCUCCACGCCCAAGCCCACGAGACACAUCCGGGAGCAGCUGGCCAAGGAGACGGGCCUCCCCAUGCGGGUCAUACAGGUGUGGUUCCAGAACAAAAGGAGCAAGGAGCGGCGCAUGAAGCAGCUCUCGUCCAUGGGCAUGCGCGCGCACCUCUUCGGCAACCCAAGGAAGCUGCGCGGGAUGAGGAUGUCGCCUAGCAUGGAGGACGGCUUUCCCUACUACGGAGACGCCUUCGGGUACGGUCCCCAGGGCUUCCACGACUUCUUCCCUGGCCAGGGUCCCCCGCCUCCCCCCGGCAUGAGUUUCCCGCAUGGCCUGCCCCCGUCCAUGGAGCAGCCGCUACCUCCUGGGGGCCCCAUGAGUGACUUCCCGGGCCUGGGUGGACUGGGGGCGCCGCCGGUGUCUGAGGGCGGCCACUUCAUGACGCAGCCCCCCGACAUGCUCUCCCUGUCCCAGCGGUCAUCCCCCGAGGGCAUGAUCAUGGCGCACGGGGGUCAGGGAGGCAACUUUGACCACCAGGUGAACGAGGGUCUGGUGUGGUGACAUGAAGCUGACCUCUGAUGACGCACCAGGCCCUUCGAGGUGCUCUCCAGCGACGUCGCCAGAGGAAUGUCUCCACUGCUCUCCUGUUACCUGCCAACACCUCCACCACCUCCACCGCCUCCACCACCUGGGCAGCGCGGUGUUCAGCCCUCGCCCCCGCCACCCACCCCACACUGACCACUCCGGCUUCCCUACCCUGCCCUGCCCCAGGAGGUUAAAUGUUCAAAGUAACCAACCACCUUACGCGUCGCCACCAGGAGGGAGUGUCACCAAGGGGCACCAAAUCGUCACUAUAUUAUAGAGUUCGUGGCUGAAAUCAAGGUCAGGUCAUGUCGUGCUCUCUUUUACCUUGGCUUGAGUGUUCUGCUGCAGAGAUCCGGAGAACGCUUGUGGCAUCCCUAGCAGCCUCAGGCACUUCCAAAGGCGUUUUGAGGAGUCACACACUCACAGUCGAUCCCAGAACGGACCUCCAGCGCAGCUCAUGUUCUCUCUGGUAAAACUUCGCCCUCCAUGACAAAAAGGAAAGAUUUUAAAGAGAAAUAUAAAGCAUUCGUUGCUACGUGGAGCUGGUGGAGUCUGUCUGGCACGGCUGUCACCGCCGCCACAAAACAUGAUCAAAGGGAUGUUGAAAAAUGGUCCCGAUCAUUCACUUGAGAGGAUGGAUUAUAUCCCUCGUACAUUAGUGUGAUUACGGUGAACAAGAAACUGUGUAAAUAUAUAAUAUACGAAGUGUCGGAGUGUCGUUUGCACUGGGAAAGUAAUCGAGUGGUUGAGGGAAAUUAUUGUAUCCAGCAGCUACGAAAUUAAUUUUGGUUUGCCCGCUGACGGGUCUGGUUUAUACGUACGUGGUGCCGCAACAUGGUGCAGAAAAGUAAACUUAGGAAAGAAAUUUAUAGAAACAAUCAUUGAAAAACUAUGAAGUAAAAGGUAAAUGAAACGAAGCAAUAGUUCGAAGUGUCUCGCCAGGCACUGCUCGAGCUGUCCUCCAGACAUUCGCGCACACGCAGCGCUGACGUGGACUGAGUGAGUGUCUGUGUCUGUUCUAUGUUCCUAUGUCUAGAUGUAGCGUUGCUGGCUGAGGAAUCGCGCACACAAAGGUAAUAAUUUAUGUAGCUUCUGCCCCUUUAUAGAAAACCACCCGGGCGCCAGGCGCUUCCCGUGGCCCAGUGAAGGUAGUGAGGGGCGGGGCGUGGCGGCCCGGGCCAGGAGCACCUGCAGCUCUUCCCCAGCCAGCUACUUCCUUUCAAAAGCAGCUUCAGUUUUCACAUCCCUCUAUUUGAGCCCACCUACCCCUUUAUCAUUGCCCAGCCGUGCGAAAUAUGCUCCUAGAGAAGCUAUUUUGGUGGCCCGCGAGUGUGCCUAAGAGCCCCCUUGUCUCUCCCCAGGGCCCAAUAUUCUCAGUUGUCUAUUCCAUAUCUUUUCAGUUUUUGAGGAGACUUUUUAACCCUUGCAAGAUCUUGUUUUGGGAUAAUAUUCACGAAAGCGUAGCCUCCUCUGGCGGCGGCCGCGGCGGCGGUCCAGCCGGUGUUGCGAGAAAUAUCUCCUCGCAGAAAUAAGUCGUAUAUACAUGGGGGAGGGGGGGGGCCAGGGGAGGGCGCAGACCCCCCCCCCCCUGGUUAGGAGGUUAUGUAAAGUUCGGUUGGAGUAGUUUAGAUAUGCUCCCCCACCCAAAACCCUCGAUUUCCCACGGGUGUCCAAGUUGAACCUCUCUGCGAGCUAUUUUGCGGUGGCGGCGGCGGGUCCCGGAGAAAAAUACUAUCUCCAUGAUAAACAGCAUCAUAUUUUGUCCAGAAAUAAGCAGUCACCAUCUCGAAAUUGGUAGGCUACACAUUCGUGAAUAUUCCCCCUUGUUUUGGUAUGCACCUUUGUGGCAUCCUUUGGUGUAGCUUUUUUAACAAUCGGCCCUCAAGUUCUCCAUAGCUUAGGGGCACCAGGUCUAAAUAUGGCACUGCAUGAUUUGCAUGAUAGCUACACAACCACAGGGUUCAUGACAAUUCUGCAUACAUGACCAAUCAGUUUCAAAGAUGGACGAGAGAGGAGAAGCUAGUAACUAGACCAAACGCCUCAAAAUGUGUGAAAAUAUUAGUUCUCAAUUAUGUUGAAGAUGGGGAGGGGAGGGGCCUCAGCAGCAUACACAAAGAAAGAAUUCCAUCAGGUAACAACACUACGAGAAAAGCAGUGUUCAGGGUCCAUGUUGGGAUAUGCAGAAGGAAAUCUUGAUUAUUUUGACUGAGUUAUCAUGCCCAAGGACUCGCUGAAUAUCUGAAAUGUUAGCCCCUUCUACCCAAGGUUACGUUUAUAUUUAAUAUCGGGAUAUCUUAGAUGAGUAUGAAGUGGGAAUUGCAUGGAAAAAACUCAUUUGAAUUAAUAGUAAAAUGGAAGUUCCUUCAGAGCCUUUUGUUCCUACUUGAAGAUGUUUGCGUCGGCUCAUUUUACAAAGGUAUACACUAAGUGGUGAUGUGUCGCAUCUGGGCCAGAACAAUGUCACUGAUGCCACAGUAGAGGAACUACAUAGUUUCCCAAAGAUCAUGAGGCAAGGCAGUGACAAAUUUAAAUAUGAUUCUCUGCUAUAUUUAAUGUACAACAAUAUCUGGGCCUCCAAUGGUCAGACUUCUCCGCAGUGCAGUGGUGAGUGUCCUUAACUAUGAAUCUGCAGGCUGGGUUCGAAUCCUAGCCUGGGCAGUCGUCAUGCAGCGCACUCAGCUGUUCAUCCUUCUUUUCAGGAUGGUCGGUAUAUGGGUACCUAGGGAAACCUGGGGAAGGUAAACUGUGGUAACCCAGAUGUUACACUGGCCCUGUGUCAGGUUAAUGGGUUCUUUCCCACCACAGACUCAAAGAGCCCAUGGAAUGGAGUUGAGCCAUGUGCAUCUAUAGCACAUACUCCCAAAUUUUUAAAAUCUGGGCUUCAUGAACGUAAGGCACUUGAGCUGCACUGGCAUUACUGGCACUGCAGUGAGCAUACGGGGUUUUCAAAGGGGCUUCACAGGCACUAUCCUUUCUGUUAUUACCUCUCCUCUCCUAUAUCCUCCCUUUUGUACUUCCCAAAGAUUCAAAGAGGAGUAUAGGCCAUACCUCGUUUCCCUUUGUAAUGUCAUCCAUGGGAAUAUAUUUAUGAAAGAAAGAGCUGUGUACCACUUAUCAUCUUGGACACUUAAACGCCAGAUCUUAAGCUGGAACACGUUUUCAUAUUUUGCAAUUUCUUGGUGCAAAUGUUCAUCUCAGAAAAUCCAGUAUAGAAAAGAGUUAAUUACUACCUUAGCCCAGGAGAAUAAUUCAUGCAGAGUUUUUUGUAUUUUUAUUUCCAGCCUUGAGUGAAGUUUAUUUGUCCAUUAAAUAUUUUUGACGUACAACCCUCAGUUUCCUCCCCCCUCCAUCCCAGCCUCUACCCUCGCCACCAUCCCCACCGCCUCUCCCUCCCUGCCCGCCUCCUUCCCAAACCCAGGACCUCUGCACCUUUACAUAGUAUUAAUGAGAAAUAAUGAAUGUUUGAAGAUACUUGUAAUGAACGAUGCCUCACUUUCCUCCCAAAUUUCCCUUCCCUUCCUCUCCCUCCCCUGCCCUCCCCUCCUCAUUACCCAUCAUGUCACAGUGUUCUCUUCCAUAGAUGUUAUAAGUUUAAUGUAAAUACUGUCUGUAUAUAUUUCUGUAUCAUCCACGUCUGAAUGUCAUAUAUUGUAUAUUUAAAUUAAUUAUUGUGACCAUCAAAAUAAAAUGUUGGAGAAUGUU